AGCGCACGGCUGCCAUUGGCUGGCGCGGGCAGACGCACGGCGCGCUGACGUCAAAGUGCGGCGCGCGGCAGAGACGGGCCGGGGGCUGCGGGCGCCAUGAGUAAAGCGCACCCACCCGAGCUGAAAAAGUUCAUGGACAAGAAGCUGUCGUUGAAGCUGAACGGCGGCCGCCACGUGCAGGGCAUCCUGCGGGGCUUCGACCCCUUCAUGAACCUGGUCAUCGACGAGUGCGUGGAGAUGGCGCCGGGCGGGCAGCAGAACAACAUCGGCAUGGUGGUGAUCCGAGGGAACAGCAUCAUCAUGCUGGAAGCUUUGGAACGAGUAUAAACCCCUGGAAAACCCCAAAUCCCGACCCACCAGCUCCAUUCCCUCAUCCAAGACGCCGCUCACAAGUGUACAAUUAUUUUGGGUUUUGUUAUUAAAUCAAUUUUGUAAUGGUUGACCUAA